AUGAGUACUGGAGAGUUAACGUUAAAUGUACAAUGUAGUGGACCAACAUGUAAUUGCGGUAGUAGCAUACUCGGAAUAACUGCCAAGAAGGAGACAAAUCUACCAUCUGUUACAGGUUUUGUUGCAUAUACCCAUGAAAUUAAGGGUGGUGAUAGUCUUGAGGGUGAAUAUAACAUCUCUGAUGUUACAAAAGUCUCUGUCUACUAUUGGGAUGAAGAUGAUGGUAAAAGUGAUGCUAAACCUCUUAUCCUGGAAGUAGUUAAAAGCAAGAAGAUUAAAGAUGAAAGUGAAUACUACUAUAGGCACGAUACAGGUGAGCCUGAAUUAGGGAAUGAAAGUGAGACUGUUUGGAAGUAUCAUGGAAGCUCCGGAGGAACAUCAUUGCAGGCUUUGUUAGAUGAUAGGAAUCUAGGCAGGAAUAAUGUCUUUCCCAUAGAUCUUGAUCAGCCUGAGAAGAAUCUGGAAAUUGACUCUGAUCGUUCAAAAAAUAAAGGUAUAAAAUCCGGCGGACCUCCUACUCCGCUUGCUGGAAGUGACUAUAUUGUUACGACAUACAAGAUUUCUGAUCAGACUCUUAAAUUAUCCAGAGUAGAGUAUAAUAAGAACAAGAUCAAAGAAAUUCCGAUCCCCGAUGAUGCACUUGAUGGAAUACGGCUAUAUUCAUCUUUGGAGAUAUCAAAAGUGCCUGUAAUGAUUGAGCUUGCUGGAGCUAAUGGUGGAGACUCUACCUUCUAUGCGACUAAGGAUACAGAUGGUAGAAAUUGGCAACCUGUUAAUGGAACUGCAAAUCGAUUCUAUAAUGGUAAAGAAAUUGGUAAUCAAACACCCAAAGAAGCUUUAACAAAUAAGUUAGACGAGGUGAUUUGUACUUAUCACAAGGCAGUUACUAUGGAUAUAUCGUAUAACAAUUCUACAAGUCAUGCCAACAGCAAAAACUAUUGUUGCAGUGGUAAUCAUAAUAAGGCCUUUGUUGAGUCAAAGACUGCUUCCUGUACUAUACAUAAGAACUCAACUCCAAUUACAGCUUAUAAACACUCCAUUAAUGGUCCUAAUCUGAAGCUUGCAGGUAUUAAAUUCUAUCUUAAUAAUGAUAGUUCUAAACAGAAUAGGAAACGUGUAACAUCUAGAAACAUAAACCUACCUGCUAAUGGACAGGUUGACGUCUACGUAUUCUACUGCAAAGAUAAUCCGGUACUUUUCUAUGUUGACAGGGGAUCGUCUGGUUCUCCAGGAUGGUACAGGAAGCAGAAAAAGAAGAGUGGUUAUGAUUCCAAAUGGAAAAGGACAAAUCAGCUAAAUAGUAUAAACCUUUCAAACUUUGGUAGUCUUACCUGUGGGCAAUGGAGGAAACUCAAGAAAUAUUUAGAGGAACGUGGUUGUAAAGGCUUACAAGACUGUCCUGAAUCACUAGGACGUACUGAAGAGCCUGGAGAACAAGUACUAGACAACGCUGAUGAACAAUCUAGUGAGGAAGAGGAGGAAGACAGUAAGGGAGAGGAUAAUGCCCUUGUUAGACCUACUGGAGUUGUUGGUAAAGCUGAUGAAAAGCAGCAAAAAUCUCUAAAAGCCUCUGAAAAAUUUGGUGCUACUGGACGUCCUGGUCCUUCUGGACCUCAAGGUAAGCCUGGACCUGCUGGUAAAAAGGGUGAUACAGGAGACGCUGGACCUAAAGGACCUGACGGUAGAGCUGGUGAUAGAGCUAGUCUUACUGGACCAACCGGACCUUCCGGUGAUAAAGGAGAUGAUGGUGAACCUGGUAGAGAAGUUCUGACCAAUCGUGCAGAAAGUGAAAACUCUAGUUGGGUAACAUCACUUACCUCUACAGUUGGAAAUUUUUACGGAAAAGCAGUUUACCCUCUUAGAUCAGUUAUAGAUGGUGGAAUUGGAUUAGGUAUUACAACUACAGCUCCUCUCCUGGCUUAUGGUCUUGCUAUAGCUGCUCAUGCUAUAACAGAAGUACUUCCUGGUGAUACUAUCAAAGAUGAAAAUGCUGAAGCUUCUACUCAUAAACCUACUACUGAUGGUCAAACUGCUACUCGAGGCCCUCCUUCUGAUUCUGAAUCUACUGAAGGUAAUCCUGAAGACUCUGGUGAUGAAGGAGAAACUGUUUCUACUACUUCUGAUACUGCUCCUGAUACUCCUCAAACGGCUUCUCUUGGUUUUAUUCCUGCUAGUAUGGCUGGAUCUGCAGGGUCUGGCGCAACAUUUUUUGCAGAACUUCCGGAUGGCUGGGUGAGGUGCGGAAAGGGCCUGAGAUUUGAUGUUCCUCUGACUCCAAGAUCUGAAAAGCCAAAGGGGGCAUACUUGGACUUUACAACUCGCGAGGUUAUUUCUGGGAGUCGGUUGCACAAGACCCUAAUGAACCUUGACAGAAAUGCGGCCAGAGAGGCCACUUCUAGAGUCGUCGCUAUUAAGGCUACAAAGCCACAACCGUUUAGAAAGAAUGUCCCAAAACAUCAGUUGGAAAAGUCGGAGAAUCGCAAGGCAGUUGACCAAAAUGUUGAGGCUGCGAAGCAGUCUGUCCUACUCCACGUCGAAGGACUAAUUAGGUACGUUUUUCCGCAAAUAACAUCAUGCAUCUCAACAUGUAGAAAGUAUCGGCAACUGGCAGUGGACGCCGUGGAAGCCGCCAGAAGUGAGCGAGAAAAGUGUAUUGAAGAGUGCAAAGCAGCCUAUUCCACAGCAUACGGCGCAUGCAUAAAGUACGAAAGUGACCUCAAGAUGGCCGUUAAGGUGAGCUAA